GACCAUUCCUACCCCAAAACCACCUGAUAUACUCUUCAACAAUCUUAUUCAAUCAACAAACCAAUAAUGGUGAACCAAUUUCGUACCAUUCUUAGAAAACCCCCGCUAAUGCUCAUCAUAAACCCUAGUAGACCCAAUUUAAUUUCUCUUCUCCGAUAUCUUUCUUCCCUCAUUUCCUCAAAAUACAACGAUUCUACCAUACCCACUUCCCACAUUAGUUUGAAUAAGCAAGAAUUGUUGAAAAAACUUUUAAAUUAUGUACAAAGAUCCGAUUAUAUUUAUGCCAAGAAACUCAUGUUACCCCUAAUUACAUCCAAAUCCGUCUUUUCAUCUCCUGCUCAACUUUGCUCUGCAUUUUCUCUUUCCCGUUCUUCAUUAAAUUUAAAAUUUUCCAGCUUAGUUUUAUAUAUUUGUGCUGAUUCUAACCUCACCAACGAAGCAAUUGAGUUGUUUUAUUUUAUUAAGAAAAAUGGAAGCUUUCCAACUAUGGAAGCUUUCAAUAAAUUGAUUGAGUGCUUGAUUUCUAACCUUCAGUUUCAUAAGGUACUUAAUUUGUUUGAUGAUGCUUUGAAUUCCGGUAUAUCGGUGCCAAAAUUUGUUUAUUGUAAGGCAAUGCAGGCAUCUGUUAAGGUUGGUGAAUUGGAGCGAGGUUUGCAGUUGUUGAAACUAAUGGAGGAGAGAAAAAUUGGGUUUAACGUGUUUGUUUAUAAUGUUUUGAUUAGUGGUUUGUGUAAAGAAAAAAGGAUCAAUGAAGCAUACCAACUGUUUGUUGAAAUGUCUCAAAGAAAGUUGAUUCCUACUCGGGUUACAUAUAAUACAUUGAUUGAUGGGUACUGUAAAGUUGGGUGUUUAGAUGAAGCUUUUAGAUUGAAAGAAAGGAUGAAGCUUGGGAAUUUGUUGCCAAAUCAGGUUACUUUUAAUUCUCUGAUUAAUGGAUUGUAUAAGGCACAGAGGAUAAAGGAAGCGAGUCAGUUAUUAGAGGAGAUGAAAUCAUAUGGUUUCAUGCCUGAUGCAUUUACUUUGAGCAUUUUGUUUGAUGGGUUAUCAAGGUGCGGUAAUGCAGAUCCAUUGUCAUCUCUCUUAGAGGACGUUACUGCCAAAGGGAUUCAGAUGAGUUCAUAUACUUGUACUGUUUUGAUGAAUGGUUUGUGCAAGGAAGGGAAAGUAGAAACAGCUGAGAGAGUUCUAAACGAACUAGUUGAAAAUGGUGGUAAACCAACUGUAGUGGCAUGUAAUAUAAUCUUAAAUGGCAAUCUAGCAGCUGAUAACAUGGAAAAAGCCUUUUCGAUAUUGGAAAAGAUGGAGUCUUUUGGCCUAAGACCUUCUUUUGUUACUUUUAAUUCUUUGAUCAAGAAGUAUUGUGAAUUAGGAAACAUGGAGGAGGCAGAGAAAUGGACGGAAAAUAUGAGAGAUAAAGGAGUUGGACCUACCGUUGAGACGUACAACAUUCUCAUCGAUGGAUAUGGACGGAACCACAUGAUUGAUAAAUGUUUUGAGAAGCUGGAAAUCAUGGAGGAUCAUGGGUUAAAACCAAAUGUAGUAACUUAUGGCUCUCUUAUUAAUAGUCUUUGCAAACACGGUAAGCUUCUUGAAGCUCAAGUUGCCUGGGUAGAUAUGAUCGGAAGAGGGGUUCUACCUAAUGCUCAAAUAUAUAAUAUCAUGAUUGCUAGCCAAUGUAAUGCAGGGAAGCUGCAGGAUGCCUUUGGGUUAUUUGAUGAAAUGUUGCAAAAUAAUGUAUCUCCAACACUGGUUACUUAUAAUUCGCUUAUUAAUGGCCUGUGCAAGAAGGGAAAGCUUGAGGAAGCUGACGAUCUUCUUUCACAAAUCACUGAUAAGGGGUUGAAUCCUGAUGUAAUCACUUAUAAUUGUUUGAUUCAUGGGUUUUCUGGGGCUGGAAAAAUCGCAAAGUCGUUGGAUUUGUAUGAAUCUAUGAAGAAAAGGGGCAUCAAACCAACUUUAAGCACUUAUCAUCCGCUGAUUAGUAAUUGCAGCAAAAAGGGGUUAUCGUUAGUUGAUGAAAUGUAUCAUGAAAUGUUAAGAUUCGAUAUUACUCCUGAUAGAGUUGUAUAUAAUGACCUUAUUUAUGCCUAUGUGGAGCAUGGCAAUGUUGAGAAGGCGCUCACUAUGCAUGAUGAGAUGACAAGUAAGGAAAUUGAAGUUGAUAAGAUGACUUACAAUAGUUUGAUUUUGGGGCAAUUUAAGUUGGGAGAAAAGGAAGAAGUAAUGGAACUGAUCAGUGAUAUGAAAGCUAGAGGCUUUGUUGUAAAAGCUGAUACUUACACUAUACUAAUUGAUGGACUCUGCAACCUGAAAGACUUUGAUGGGGCAUAUAGUUGGUACCGAGAAAUGGUUGAGCUGGGUUUUCUCUUGGCUGCGGGCAUCUGUAAUAAGCUUAUAAGGGGCCUCAAAGAAGAAGGAAGACUAAAUGAGAUUAAGAUAAUCUGCUCAGAAAUGAGUGUAAAAGGUUUGGGUGAUCCAAUGGAGCUUCAUCUGCUGCCGCAGGGUGAAUAGCUGAUAACUUGGAAGAUGGAUUGUGUAAGAGCAGUUGAUUGAGCAUGUGCAGAAUGUGUAAAGAUUAAUCGACCGAAGAACUACAAACAGAGGUACCAGGGUAGAGAAUCAAUUAUUUACUGAUAACCAGGCAUCAUUCUUAAAAUUAAGGGUAUAAAUCUUACUUUGUCUAUGGAAUCAUUCUUUAUCUAGCUGUGGUAUCCGUUAUUGACUUCAACAUCCGGUAAAUUCCUGAUUACUUGAAAACAUUUGAUGGUCAUUGAUGAUCGAUAUCCAGGGUUUGGACUUUUUAGUCUACUCGCAAGCAUUAUAAAGUUGAGUUUGAACUACUGCCCUGUAGGAGUAAUAUGAGAUUAUCCUAAGUUUUGACCAAAUGAAUCAGCAUUUUGGGGAUGAGAAUACCCAGGGGUUGACUAGGAAUUCAUUAUAAUCGAUGAGGAGGUCUCAAUAAAUAACGGUAAUUUGUAAAGUUAACAAAUAACUCUUAUAUGUAUGAACAUUGUAAUUCUGUAAGUGUUUUUUAAAUGAACUCGUUUAAUUUUAAUUAUUUCCAUUUGUAAAUGAUGCAAAUUAAAAAGUACAGAAAAGUAAUAUAUUAUUUGUUUUCCGUAUUUAAAA